AUGAAUAUAGUAGUGUUUUCUUUAUUGUGUGUGGCCACAGUCGAGCCUGCGAGGAUUUUAGGAGUUUUUCCUAUGCCAUCAAUAAGUCAUCAAGUUGUCUUCCGCGCCUUAACUUUGGAACUGGCCAAGAGGGGUCAUGAAUUAGUCGUUAUAACCACAAAUCCGGUCACAAAAGGUAACCCUAUAGCCAAUCUAACGGAAAUAGACAUAAGUGAAUCGUACGACCUCAUUAAAACACUUUUCGAGCUAUGUAAGGAUAUGAAUCAAUUGAAACGUGGAGUCAUUAGCGACAUAGAAACGAUGGUCCAUAGCCGUUCUACAGAAGGGAUGUUCUUCUUGAUGGCUCACAUGUUUAAGAACGAUGAAGUCAAGAAAUUAAUGCACGACAAAACGCAGAAGUUCGAUUUGGUUAUAGCUGAAGCUAUAUUGCAUACUCAUUUGGUGUUUGGUAAGAUUUUCAACGCUCCCAUAAUUUUGUUCUCGUCGCUGUCUGGUUUCCCGGAGGUAUUCGACAUUAUGGGAGCGGCCACGAGACACCCGUUUAUAUACCCGAGCAUCUUCAGAAACAAAUUCAGUAACCUCACUUUGCUCGAGAAAUUAAGGGAGAUUUACUAUGAGUAUAAACUGACCUCUCUGUAUUGGCACAUGGAGCAGUUGGAAAAUCAGAUGCUGCAAGAAAUGCUUGGAGAUGGCGCUCCAACUGUGAAUGAUUUGAAACAGCAUAUUUCCAUGUUAUUUUUGAAUACUUUUCCUAUUUUCGAUAACAACCGUCCUGUGCCUCCCAGUAUUGUAUAUUUAGGAGCUCUCCAUCUACAGCCUGUGAAGGAAUUACCUGUGGACCUUAAACAAUAUCUGGAUAAUUCGAAGCGAGGAGUAAUUUUUGUCAGUCUGGGCACAAAUGUAAUCCCGGCUCUAAUGGAAAAAGACUUGUUGGACGCAUUCAGGAAGGCAUUUGAGAUCCUACCUUAUGACAUAUUGUGGAAACUGAAUGGAGUUAAACUAGAGAACGUAUCGUCAAACGUUAGAAUACAAGAAUGGUUCCCACAAAGAGAUCUUUUAUUUCAUCCGAAUAUCAAAUUAUUUGUAACCCAAGGAGGUCUUCAGUCGACAGACGAAGCUAUUGACGCAGGAGUGCCCCUGGUCGGCAUACCCAUGCUAGGUGACCAAUGGUAUAACGUGAAUAAGUACGUCGAAUUAGGAGUCGGGGUUCAAGUCGACUCUCUUACUAUGAAGGCUGAAGAUCUCGUGGAAGCUGUUAAAACUGUCCUCAGUAAUGAUAGGUAUAGAGAAAAUAUAAUGAAAUUGAAGGCUGUGAUGUAUGACCAGCCACAGAAACCAAUGGACCGCGCUGUAUGGUGGACUGAGCACGUACUGCGUCACGGAGGCGCGAAACAUCUGACUUCACCAGCCGCCAACAUGCCUUGGACAAAGUACUUUAUGCUUGAUGUUUUAGGACUUGUACUGACAGCUUUAGUGGCCAUUUUGGUAACGGCUAUUUUUGCGAUCUAUCUAAUUCAUAGGAUAUUUAAGACACUUAGCAAAGUUAACAAGCUUAAAAUGCAGUAG